GCUAAACUUUUUCUUUAUGUUGGCCACAUUUUUCGUCUGAUUGAAAUUAAACUUUCCUUCGCCGUUGUCCGCUGUGUUAGAUCUCGAAAAUUCUAGAAUAAUUUUUGUUUAAUUGCUUGAAAUUUAUAAAGAAUCAAUUCAAUUAAAAAAUGGCAUCAAUUAGUUUGUUAAAUCCAAAAGCCGAAUUUGCCCGUGCAGCUCAAGCAUUGGCUAUAAAUAUAUCGGCCGCAAAGGGACUACAGGAUGUCAUGAGAACUAACCUCGGACCUAAGGGAACCAUGAAAAUGUUGGUUUCUGGCGCUGGCGAUAUUAAAAUCACCAAGGAUGGUAAUGUGCUUCUCCACGAAAUGCAGAUCCAACAUCCAACCGCUUCGAUGAUUGCUCGUGCCAGUACCGCUCAAGACGAUUCAACUGGUGACGGAACAACUUGCACUGUUCUCCUUAUCGGCGAGCUCCUGAAGCAGGCUGAUAUCUUCUUGUCUGAAGGUCUGCAUCCUCGCAUCUUGACCGAAGGUGUGGAGAAGGCUAAAAUCAAGGCUCUGGAAGUCCUUGAGUCCAUGAAGGUGCCUAUUGAGGUGAACAAGAAAAAUCUGGUUGAUGUAGCAAGGACAAGUUUGAAAACUAAAGUUCAUUCAAGUUUGGCUGAUUUGCUCACUGAAGUUUGUGUGGAUGCAUUGUUGGCCAUUCGUCAAGAAGAGAAGCCAAUUGACUUGCAUAUGGUUGAAUUAAUGGAAAUGCAACAUAAGACUUCCACCGACACUAGUCUGAUUCGUGGUAUUGUUAUGGAUCACGGCACUAGACAUCCUGACAUGCCAAAACGUUUGGAGAACGCCUACAUUUUGACUUGCAAUGUUUCCCUCGAAUACGAGAAAUCAGAGGUCAAUUCUGGGUUCUUCUACAAGACCGCAGAAGAGCGUGAGAAGUUUGUGCUGGCAGAACGUGAAUUCAUUGAUCAGCGUGUGAAGAAGAUCAUUGAAUUGAAGAAGAAGCUCUGCGACGGCACCGACAAGACAUUCGUUGUAAUCAACCAAAAGGGAAUCGACCCCAUGUCGUUGGACGCUUUGGCAAAAGAAGGAAUAAUGGCCCUGCGACGUGCCAAGAGGAGGAACAUGGAACGUUUGGCCUUAGCAUGCGGUGGUAUGGCUCUUAAUUCCUUGGAUGAAAUGGAGGAGUCCAAUUUGGGUUAUGCUGGUGUUGUUUACGAACACGUUUUGGGAGAAAAUAAGUACACCUUUGUGGAGGAAUGCAAGAACCCACAAUCGGUGACCAUUCUCAUUAAGGGACCCAACAAGCACACCAUUAUUCAAAUCAAGGAUGCCAUUCGUGAUGGUUUAAGGGCCAUUAACAAUGCCAUCAAUGAUAAAUGCCUCAUUCCUGGAGCUGGUGCCUUUGAGAUCCGUGCUUAUAAUCAGUUGAUGAAAUACAAAGACGAAAUCAAGGGAAAAGUGCGUUUAGGAGUUCAGGCUUUCGCUGAAUCCCUCUUGGUCAUUCCCAAGAACUUGGCCAUUAACAGUGGCUACGAUGCCCAGGAUACCAUUGUCAAAUUAACCGAGGAAGAUCGUCUGAAUCCUGAUGCCGUAGGUCUGGACUUGGCAACAGGAGAACCAAUGAAACCUGUCGACUUGGGAGUUUAUGAUAAUUAUAUUGUUAAAAAACAAAUUCUCAAUUCCUGCUCCGUUAUUGCUAGUAACCUCCUGCUUGUUGAUGAAGUCAUGCGUGCUGGUAUGACAAGUCUCAAAGGAUAAGGGGAGACAAUAAAGUAAAAUCUCCUCGUAUUAUUAUAAUUUUUGUCACGCGUACUUUUUUUUAAAUUAAAACAUACAUUACACGA